AUGUCAAUACAAUUAGAUUAAAACAUAUAUUCUGAUUCAAUAUAGAAAUUAGAAUUAUUUAUAAGUUGCCGUCAAUUAGAUGAUUUGGAUACAGUGAGUGUAAGUGAUCCAUAUGUAGUUCUAUAUUUAAAAAAUAGUUAAAAAAAAUGUAAAUUUUUUGUUAUUAAUAUUUUUAGGGAAUAAGAUAGGUUAAACAGAAUUAAUUUGGAAUAAUUUAAAUCCUAAUUUUGCAACUUCAAUUUUAAUUGAAUAUCAUUUUGAGGCUUAAUAACAUCUAAAAUUAGAAGUGCAUCAUUUUAUUAGUAAAACACAAUCAAAAGUAAUUAAAAACAUAAAAUUAUAGAUUAUUGGAAUUGCAGAGACUACUGUUGCAGAGAUAGCAGGAUCAAAAGAUCAAAUUUUGAUGGCAGAUCUUUUUAAUUUAUAAAAAAAAAAGAGUGGAAAGAUUAUAGUAAAAGCAGAUUAAGUUAAACAAUGUAAUGAUGAUUUAGAAAUAACAGUUUCUGGUUAAAAUUUACCUGAUACAAGAUUUUGGUUUUGGCAUGGAGCUUGUCCAUUCUUAAGAUUUUAUAGAUUAAGAAAAGAUGAUAGUAAUCCAAUUUUAGUUUAUGAAACUGAAUUUAUAAAAGACUCUUCAAAUCCAACUUGGAAAACUAUAUAAUGUAAAGCAUAAAAACUUUGUAAUGGAGAUUAUUAAAUGCCAAUUAAAGUAGAACUCUGGGAUUAUAGAACUUCAGGAAAGCAUUUAUAUUUGGGAGAAACAACAUUUUGUAUUGAAGAACUUAAAGAAUCAUUUGCAUAGAAUCAACCAUAAAAAAAAGAAUUUAGAAAUAAAUAAAAAAAUAAUGCACCUGCAGGAACAAUAAGUUUUGACGAUUUUAUUUUAAAAAGCAAAUAUACAUUUUUAGAUUACCGUUAAGGUGGUUAAUAAUUGAAUUUGAUUCUUGCUAUUGAUUUUACAGCAUCUAAUGGUAAUCCUAAAGAAAAAAAUUCAUUACAUUAUAUGCCAGAAAAUGGAAAUCCUAGUUAAUAUUUAUAAGCAAUUACAAGUGUAGUGGAAAUUUUAAUAAAUUAUGAUUAUGACAAAAAAGUACCAGUCUAUGGUUUUGGAUGUAAACCAAAAUUUAAUGUAAUUAACACAAACUAAACUUUACAUAUAUUUCCUUUAAAUGAUAAUCCAGAGGAUCCUGAGUAAAUAUUAUAUUUAAUAUUUUUAGAGUUGAUGGAUUAGAUGGUAUAGUUUAAGUUUAUAGAAAUUCAAUUUAAAAUAUGUAAUUUGAUGGACCAACAUAUAUACAUCCUGUAUUAUCAAAGGUUAUGGAAAUGGCUAAAGAAGUAAAAGAUAAAGGAAGUGACAACUACUUAAUAUUAAUGAUUCUAUCAGAUGGAUAAACUGAUGAUUUAUAAGCAUCAAUAGAUGAUGUUAUAGCAUCUUCUUAUUUACCAUUAUCUAUUAUAAUUGUGGGGAUAGGAAAUGCAGAUUUCAAAAAGAUGAACAUACUUGAUAAUGAUGAUAAGAGCAUGGUUAAUAGCUUUGGACAAAAAGCUAAAAGAGAUUUAGUACAAUUUGUCCCAUUUAAUGAAUUCAAGCAUGAUCCAACUCUUUUAUCUAAAGAAGUUUUGGCUGAAUUACCUGAUUAAUUAGUAGAGUAUAUGGAAUUAAUGAAAAUUCCUCCAAAACCUCCUACAUGUAUAUAUAUAUAUUAUUAAUUUAGAUCAAAAAAAUUAAAAUCUUAUGUAAGCAUCUAUUUAAAAUGUUUAUCCAUAACUUUAAGUUGAAUUAACAGAUCAAUAAUAAUAACAAUAUAUAUCUUAAAUCUAGUAAGCAGAAGUUAAUUAGUAAUCAAUUAAUAUUGGAGUUGCUGCUUAAACUUUUGGAUAAGGAUUAGCUUAAUAAGGAUUUUUAAAUAAUUUUGUAAAACAAGCAACUUCAUCUAUUAAUAAUCCUUAAUAAUGA